GAUAAUGGUAAGAAGUCGAAUGUCACAUUGGAUACAAUUCAGAAGUUAUUCUCUAAUACAAUGGAUCCUAUUAAAAUGGAUUGAAAUAAGGAAAUUGGGCUAUUACUAAAUUGGGUGGAAAAUUUAUGUAUAAGUUUUAUUAACUAAGUGGUGGAGGUUAAUAUAGUGAUUUUGGAAGUAAGAUGGGAAAAUGGAUUGAUAUAGAUGUUAGAGUUGGUGGAGGUUAUUAAAUGAUUGUUAAAC